AUCCUCAUCCUCCUUUCCCCCACACAUCCGAGCACCACCCGCACGCACACCUCCAUCCCCAUCCCCAUCCAGGACCAACAACCCCACCCCUCCGCACACAACGUAUAAAAGCCCGCCUUACUGCUCUCCUCGGUGCGGAUGCAGCGAGGUACUUCCAGGCUGUGACCAUAUUUCUCACGGGACGGGUCAUGAGGCAGGAGAUGGACGGUGUUCUCGAGGGUGUUCUGAAGUCUACCGAGGCUCUGGCAUUACACAAUGCCCUCAUCCUCUCCAUCCUACGCACCGCCUCCCUCUCCCCUACCGCCCUCUCCAACCUCUCCCUCCCCCCUCCCGGUACAUCCCCAACACGCAAACGCAAGCGUAUCUACCCGUAUCAAGGCACUUCCGGGGAAGAAGAGUACGGCGGGCGCAGUAAACGGAUGCGCGAGUGGGUGGUGGGCAUGGGCCGGGCAGAGCGGGAACGGUUAAAGGCGCUCGUAGGUGAGGCAGGGGAGGAAUACC